AUGUCGCUCAGCGGUCAGAACGACCGCUCUAUCGACGCGUCUGACACCGAUGCAAUGUGGUCUACCCUGCGCAAGACCCAUGCAAAGCUGAAAACUCAUUCAGAUGAUUUGCAGAGGCUCAGUCAAGAGAUGAAAGAGCUGAAGAAAAAGCAAGACGCCAUCAAGAGAGAAGUAGGGAACUUCGAAAGGGAAAUGGAUGCUACGUCGACACACAUCAUCCUGAAAGAAGCGCCGGCUCUCAUGGAGCCUUUCCUCACUCGGCUGCCUCGAGAGUUACGUGACCUUGUCUAUGAGUAUGUCUGCGUCCAUCCAGACACCAUACAGGUUGCUCUUCCUGGACAGCCUGGUUCUAGGACAGACCCAUCGGUUGUUGGAUCGGGUGGCCAACUAAUGGAUGUGUCCUACCUGUCAAAUUCGGAGGUCGUACCUACCGAGCUGUCGGAGACAUAUUGGUCGAAGAAUCAUUUCGUGAUCACAGUCGGUUUAUGUACUGGAAUGCGAGAUGACAGUUUGGGCACUUUUCUGUUGCACGGAACAGUGCCUAGUGACAAGCCGUUUUGGAGGGUGUUUGUGCGCCCGUGGCAGAAAAUCCGUCAUCUGAAGAUAGAACUGGCAUGCGAACAUUGGGAGUCCGAUCCGCGCUUCGGGCAAGCCAAGAUGAGUGACUACUACAAACCAGCAUACGGCCUCGGUGACGACUCCACAUUCGCGCAGGCUGCCGUGUCUAAACAAGAGGCUCAGGUUUAUCCCCUCACUCGACUGAAAGGCCGAGAAGAGCUUCACAUCGAGAUCGAGAUACACACCACGUUCGCCAAGGACGGCCCUGAUGUUGAACAAUCCGAGCGUCACUUCGUCAAUAUCAUGGAGAGCAUUCGGCAAACUGUGUGCGAUCUGAUAGACUCCGGCGUCCGUGUCACGGUCAUAUUGAGCAACCUCGACUAUAACGCAAUGCCUGAGGGGCCUAAAACGUGGGAAAUUACAUCUCGCUUUGUCCUAGACGAAGAGGAGUGGCGCAGUGUACGUACAUAA